AUGGCCCCAAUCGGCUUUUAUAUUCGGAGCCGUUUUUUAAACUGGUCGAAACCUAAAAGCCGGAAAAUAAUAUCGAAGUUUAGCGCCGGCUCGUUGGUUAAUAAUUCGCGCAAAAAAAACUAUAAGCACGGCAUUCGGUAUCUUCUACUCCGCGUCGUCUUCCAACAACCGUUCGGUUCGAUUAGCUGCACCACGUGCAUGCGCAUAAUGGCCCGCGAAAUUAACUUUAAUAAAAUUUAUAUAUAG